UAGGGUUUUUGGAGCUAUAAAAUCCCUAGCCCAUGUUUGAUCAGAGUUCCUAGGGUAAGCUUGCAUACCAGGAUCAUCUAGGGAGGACGCUUCUCAUCUGUGAACUUACACUGAGAAAAAUGUCUGGAGAUGAAGCUGUUGUGGUUGAGGCUGCUGCUGCCCCUCCUCUAGGUGAGACCUUGGACCUCAUGACAGCCUUGCAGCUUGUCCUGAGGAAAUCAUUGGCUCAUGGUGGACUUGUACGAGGCCUCCAUGAAGGUGCUAAGGUGAUUGAGAAACAUGCUGCCCAGCUCUGUGUAUUGGCAGAGGACUGCAACCAGCCUGACUAUAUUAAACUUGUCAAAGCGCUUUGUGCUGACCAUAAUGUCAGCCUUAUAUCAGUGCCUAGUGCUAAAACUCUUGGUGAAUGGGCUGGUCUGUGCAAAAUUGAUUCUGAAGGGAAAGCAAGGAAGGUGGUCGGUUGUUCUUGUGUUGUUGUGAAGGUACAGAUACAUGCAUGGAUUCUGGAUAACGUUCUAAAAGCAGUAUACUUGAUGGCUAUUUUUACAGAAAACAGUGUGUCAAGGAACAAAAUUCUAAUUGUCUUAGCAAUUGAAAAUUCCUAUUGAUUGAAAGAAUAAUUAUAAAAAAAAAAAAAAAAAGAGAAUUCAUAAGAUAGUGAAUGAUAAUGUCAUUGAUUCUGCUAUAACAUACGACAAGGUUUUGCCUUCUGCUUGUUGUGGGUGCAUGCAGUGGGAGUUUUUUUGUUAGGGGGUGCCUGUUUUACCCUUGCAUAACUUGUCAAAAUCACCCAUUUUCUGUAUUUUUGUACCUAUCAAAAAAAAAUAAAUUCUGGCAGUGGUUGAUUAGUGUUCAA